AUGGGCUAUACCACACUAUGGAAGCGGCUUUCGGCACGUCAGCUGAAUGCUGCUAUCCACAUAUUCUCGCUAGUCUCGAUCUUCUUCGAGGGAUACGACCAAGGUGUGAUGGGUGGCGUUAACAGCGCACCGAAAUAUGUGACAGAGGUUGGCAUCGGCAAACCCGAUGGGACAGUUACCGACACCACACACCAGGGGGGCAUCGUUAGCAUAUAUUAUCUGGGUGCGAUCUUCGGUUGUUUUGCUGGAGGGUGGGUUGCAGAUCGUGUUGGUCGGAUCAAUGGCCUACUCGCUGGAUCACUAUUUGCGCUAAUUGGUGGUGCCCUGCAGGCGGGCGCCCAGGAUUCGAACUUCAUGCUGUGUGCUAGGGUAAUCACAGGGAUCGGGACUGGUGCGUUGACUGGCAUUACCCCCGUGCUAGUGUCGGAAACAUCUUCCGCGACCGGUCGAGGUGGCUUUCUAGGAUAUGUGUUCAUUGCCAAUUAUCUAGGGAUCUCCGUCGCAUAUUGGAUCUCCUUCGGACUCGCUUUCGUCGAUAACGGUUACUCGGACGUACGAUGGCGCUUCCUUCUCGCUUUCCAGUGUUUCCCGGCGCUUAUCCUAGCUGCCUUCAUAAAAAUGUUACCGGAUAGCCCCCGCUAUCUGGCCUCUGUGGGGCGGAAUGAUGAAGCACGAGACCUUUUGAAUCGUAUUCGCAAGGACCGGGCCUCCCAGGACGAUAUCGACCAGGAAUACCUUGAAAUUAUAACCAUUGCUAAGGGAAGCAAGCUCAGCUCUCCCAUUGAGUUUGUGAAAAUACUAUUUGGAAAGGGGGGAAAACCCGGGUUUAAUCUCGGCCGACGAGCUUGGUUAUGUGUUUGGCUUCAAAUUAUGGCGUCCUGGACGGGGAUCACGGCUGGAGCGGUUUAUGAAGGGUCUCUGCAUCACCCUGAAAAGGCAUCUCAAUAUGCGCCUGGGGCUGUGACUAUGCUCUUCUUAUUCAACUUGGGUUAUGCUGCCACUUGGGGCACAGUUGCUUUCUUAGUCCCCACUGAGAUCUUCCCUAGUGAUCUACGAGCUCAAGGAAAUGGAUUCGGCAUCACAGGGUGGGCCAUUGGUGUGGGUAUGACCACUUUAGUCAAUCCCAUCAUGUUUGAUGUCAUGGCUAGCCGUACAUACUUUUUGUUUGCUGGUCUUAACCUUAUCUGGAUCCCGAUCGUCUACUUAUUCUAUCCCGAAACCCGCAACCGCUCUCUUGAGUCAAUUGAUGCUCUUUUCUCGACUUCCAGUCCAUUCUACUGGAAGAUGGAACAGGCCUAUAAGCUCCACGGUGAUGUUCUCGCCGAACACAAUGUGAACAGGAGCGAGGUUCUCAAUGGCAAGCCCGAGUCGAGAACCGAGGUGACAACCUCAGCUGAAGUUGAAACUGUUUAA